GCGCCCCUGAGUGAAGAGCGCAGAUUUUCAUCCAAAUCUAUAUCUAUUUUUUAAUCCUCAACCGCCGCCGUUUGCGAAACGCUUUGUCGUGCGUCGGGGAGCUGUUUCUCCACGCGCGGCUUCAAAUCAUUUUCUCUUCAUCUCUACCGGCUCCUCGAAGCAGUAUUUAUUUUAAACUUCACAUUCCCACCGACACUUGCACUGCAUCAUGAACAGUUUGUGGGGACCACCAGAUCGCACACCUUUGGAAUGGUGGGGAUUACGCAGAGAAGAAACGGGGAGCAUGUAAACGCCAAUGGAGUUUGGGAUUUAUUGCAAAAUAUGGGGAAAAUGACCGUGUUGUCUUUCUGCUUUCUGUUGUGCGCAGAUCUAUUGGAUUUAGCCUUCGGGUAUUUGACAGUCACAAUAGAGCCCCUGCCACCUGUUGUUGUGGGAGAGACGGUGACGCUGAAGUGCAACUUCAAGACUGAUGGCAGGUUGCGAGAAAUUGUCUGGUACCGGGUUACAGAUGGGGGCACGAUUAAACAGAAGAUUUUCACAUAUGACGCCAUGUUCAAUACCAACUACUCCCACAUGGAGGACUAUCGCCGCCGAGAAGAUCUGGUGUACCAGUCAACAGUUAGGCUCCCGGAGGUGCGGAUCUCGGAUAACGGGCCUUACGAGUGCCACGUUGGCAUCUACGACCGGGCCACCAGGGAGAAGGUUGUCCUGUCGUCGGCGGAUAUCUAUCUCACAGUCAUGUCACCUCCCAACAACAUCUCUGUGCUGGCGGAGAACACUCCGGCACCAUUCAGCCGCUACCAGGCCCAGAACUUCACUCUGGUUUGCACUGCCAAAGGAGGCAAACCUGCCCCAUCGGUGUACUUUAAGCGGGACGGCGAGCUGAUCGAGGUGAUCUCCUACGUCUCCCCCACGGCAGGCAGCGAGGGCGGUGGUUCAGCCGGCGUGCGAGGAGCCAGGCCCUUGAUCCGCCAGGACCUGGAUGACACCAAGCUGCAGAAGUCCCUCUCGCUGCUGGGGCCAGACGGGCGGCCGGGCCGGCUCUACACGGAGAGCCCCCGUCGGAGCUCACCAGCAAGGCAACCGCGCUACGAGCCCAGCCCGGCCACGGAGACCAUCCCCGAGACGGUAGUGAGUCGCGAGUUCCCCCGCUGGGUGCAGAGCACUGACCCGCUCUACUUCUUCAGCAACACCCACGUGCCCCAGAGCGAUGGCUCCAUCACGGUCCAGGCCAGACUCACCUGGACUCUCAACCCCCAGCUGGACAACGACGCGCUCUUCAGCUGCGAGGUCAAACACCCGGCUCUGUCCAUGCCUAUGCAGACUGAGGUUACCCUGGCGGCUCCGAAAGGUCCCAAGCUCCAGAUGAGCCCAGCCAGGGCAAAGGUUGGAGACACGGUCCGCAUCAUAGUGCAAGGAUUCCAGAACGAGGUGUUCCCAGAGCCCUUGUUCACCUGGACGCGGGUGGGUGGUCGACUGCUGGACGGCAGCUCCGAGCGGGAGGGGGAGGAGCUGCUUCUGGAGCGGGUGCCCGCCGAUCUCAAUGGCUCCAUGUACCGAUGCACUGCCCAGAACCCGCUGGGCUCCACCGACACACAUACACGCCUCAUCGUCUUUGAAAACCCAAGUAUGAUGAAAAACACACAGAAUCAAAACAGUGGAGCUCCCGGUUGGCGCGCGGUCUGGCUGAGGUGGCUGCUGCUCGCGCUCACAGUGACCGCGGAGCUGACGUGAGCGUGCGUCACGGAGACGGGAAAAACCGCGACGAAGAAGAGAAAUAAGAAAAUAUCAAUAAACAGGAAUGCCCACACUCACACGUCCGCGCCCAGCAAGCACACACCUCCACAUAUUCGCGCACACACUCGAACAGACUGUGAAGAGACCCGCCCCGUGUCAGUCUUUGGAAGACGUCUGUGUCCCCACUAGGGGGCGCUGUGCUUCUUCUACCUUUUACCUUUUCAUGUAAAGACAUGGGGGAAAAAAAAUAAAAAUCAAACGACAAGGACGACGAUGAUGUAUCCGUGUUUAUAAUUUUUUUUUUUUUUUUUUAAAACACUCGAUAUAAGAAAUAACUCCCUCCAUAUAAUUAUUGGCGUCACACACACACUUUUGUUUUGGGUUUGGGUUUUUUUGUUGUUUGUUUUGUUUCGCCACUGUCAGUCAGGGUGUGUCAGUGAAAUAAGAUGAAACAGGAUCCCAGACUUUAGCCUGGGACCGUGAUCUGGACGGCCGAGAAGAGACAAAGACGGUAACGGAGGCUCCUUUCAGGCCCUCCUCCGCUCUCCUGUUCUCUAGCACAAGCGGGACACACGACCUUUUUCUGGACAUCACUCUUUUGCAGUGUUUCUGUUUUUAGCACACUAUUCUUUCAUGAAUGGCUCCUGGCUGGAAUGUACAAAAACAAAACAAUCAAAUAAGCGAAAAAAAAAAAAAGGAGAAAAAAAGACUCGAUUCUAAAGUCCUGUGAACUGGUGACAUUUUCUUUGAAGAGUAAAGGAACACCCUCUUUUUAAAUGUAUUUUGUGUACAUCCCUGUAAAUACUGAGAAAUAUAUAUAUAAAAAAAAAUCAGAUUCAAAGUUAUAAGGGGGUUGUGGGUAGCAGGCGUGGGGAACCAGGACAGGAGGUCAGCAUUUGAUGGCUUAAUUGCUUACACGCGGUCCUCCGCAGUACGUGUCAUGAGAAUUCAUCACAAGGCUUUCCAGGAUCGGCGACUCCCAAAGCGUGCCCUUCCUUCUGACUUCAUGUUCCAUACCGUUGCGCCGCCGCUCCGCGGACGCCAUGGUGCAUGUGACCUGAUGAUUAUUUCUCAUCCCCGUGUGUUUGGGGGAAGCCCCCGGCCUCUCUCGUCCCAAUACCCCCCCCCACCCCCACCCCCAGUUCCCGCCCUCUUUUCUUGUCGCAUAAAAUAUUCAGUGACCUACAUUGUGUACAGUAUGUGACUCUCUCCUAACAGUUACUGCUAGGAUCAUGUUACUCAUUACGCCACCCACCCCCUCAAAAAAAAAGCAAACAGUGUAAACAGGGUUGCAUUUGUCUCAUAUCACCUGUAUUAAAAAUGAGAGAUGAUCAACUUGA